AUGCCCGACGCCUUCUUCCAGAAGAAGCGCAAGCGCUCUACCUCCUCCACAGGCGGAGGCGAGCGAUCGCGAGCUAGCGGAUCUUCCUCUUCUACAGGCCGGGGCGGUUCUUCCAGCCGCGGCAGGGGAAGAGGAGAUAGUAAUGGCAGUGGUUCCCGCUCUGGUGCCGGUGCAUCGGGAACUUCUCGUCGCAGUCGAGAGGAAGACGAUGAUGAGGAUGACUUCGAUGUGGAUACGGCGGAUACGAGACAUCGGUAUGAUGAGGAUGUGGAGAGUGAAGAGGAGAGGGACGCUGAGGAGACGCCUGCCGAGGCGAGGGCGAGGAUGGCCAAGAUGUAUUUGGAGGGACUGAGGGGCAAUAGUCUUGAUCCCGAAGACGCAGAUGCUGCUCUGGCCGAUCAAGAGAACAUUGCUUCGCGUCUACAGAAGGACCUCUCGGAGCACUCAGGCCGCCUGCACAUCUUCAUUGCAUCACGUAUAGCAGUCCCUCCUUCGGACGGUUCCUCGAACCUCUUCCUGUCAGGCGGGCAUCGAGGACCCCUCACUGCAGCAGUGGCCAGUCAGAAUGGUCAAUACAUCUACACAGCAGGAAAGGAUGGGAACCUCUUUCGCUGGAGGAUGAGGGAUGGCAGAAUUGACUUGCUGAUGCCUAGGCGGCGGCGAGCCAUUGGCAAGAGUAGCGGCAAGGGAAAGGAAAAGGUGGAUACAGCCACGAUUGAGGAGAUGGUGGAGGAGGAGGAGGAAGCUGACGAGCCCGCUGCUGCAGCGCAAGUCGAUGCUGAGAUGCACGAGCGACCUUCCUCCUCGACACCGAGAUCGAAGUCUAGUGGAGCUAGCCGGCGGCAGGCAAGAAGGGCUGGCGCUGCCCUCAACGGGAAGCUCAAGUCAUCGAAUUUCCCUGCAGCAGCAUCUUCGACGGCCACAGGAGGUUUCCAUGAGGUGGUGGAGCUAGGACCGGAAGAAGGCCAUACGGACGUUCUCUGGUCUCUUGCAGUCAGCAGCGACGGCAAAAUUGUGGUUUCCGGAGGAGCCGAUCGUCGCAUUGGCGUGUGGUCUAUCACAUCGCCUUCCUCGUCUGAGGACGACCACGCCAACGCCUCGUCGGGACCUUCAGCAAAGUGGGUCAAGGCACUUUACGGCCACAAGGACUCCAUCACUGGGCUCAAGUUCCGCAUUGGUACCCACGAGCUCUAUUCUGCUUCCCUAGACCGAACAAUCAAGCUCUUCGACGUCGAUCAGCUGUCCUACAUCGAGACGCUCUUCGGUCAUCAGGAAUCUAUCACCUCCCUCGAUGCUCUCAGAGGCGAAUUUGCCUUGACUUCGGGAGGAAGAGAUCGGACUGCCCGUUGGUGGAAAGUGAGAGAGGAGUCGCAGUUGGUCUUCCGCGGAGGAGCCAAGAGCAAGAUGAGGGACGCAGUGGAAGGAGGAGAUCUUCUUGGCGGCGGAGAGGGCGAAGACGGACGCAAGGUCCGCGGUGACAGGGGCGGGACUAUCGUCGAGGGAAGUCUGGAAUGCGUCGCCAUGAUCGACGAGGGACAUUUCUUGACAGGUGGAGACAGUGGAGCCAUCUCCCUCUGGUCGCUCGGAAAGAAGAAGCCCAACUUUAGCAGAGCUGCCACGCACGGAUUCGAGUCCACUCCACGUUCCUCGCACACCGCCGAGCUGGUGCAGCCCACCUCGUCAUCCUCGGACGACAUCUUGACGCCUAGGUGGAUCACCUCUCUGGCCGUUCUCCCUUACUCGGACCUCUUUGCCUCCGGAUCUUGGGACGGGUCCAUCCGCCUUUGGCAGCUGGACUUCCGGUUGCGCUCCUUCAAACCCCUGGGAGAAGUCAAGGUGUGUGGCUUUGUCAACAGUAUUCAGAUCUUCCAACCGCCGAGGUCUACUCUGCUCGAGGGCAAGCAGGUGCUCAACAAGGAGGAGUGGAAGUGGAGAGCGGGUGCCAAGGGAGCUUAUCGACCUCGUUCGGGUGGGGCAGAGGCUCAAGGAUCGGUCGAGAGCGACGCUGCGGAGAAGAAGGAGGUCAACGGGAUCACCGCCCCCGCAAUCAACGGCAGCGGCAAGACAUCGUCCUCCACAGGUGCGAGGAAGGAGCUAGUGCCCCCCAUCUUGGUCGCUGCGAUUGGGGUUGAGCCCCGUACUGGCAGAUGGACGAAGUUGAAGGGAAGGCAGUCAGCGGUCAAUGGUGCAGUAGUGGUUCCCUUGUCGUUCAAGCCAGUGACUGUCAGGCGGACAGAGGAAGAAGCGGUCGUUUGAGGACAGAAGAGGUGAUGAGGGACAUCCCUCAAC